UACCACUAGCUGGAAAAGUAACAACAGUGCCUCUCAGACAGCUAUGCUAACGUAGUUGACGCUACCGCCGUCUCAGAAAACAACUAUUUUGUGCCGCUACAUCGCUGAUAUUAACACUGGAAAGACUUGCCCGUUUAACCGCGGACUUUACCGUGAUUCGUAAAACAGCUGUCCGAAAGUUGUAUCAUUGUUGACAGCUAACUUGAUUAAAUGCAUUGUGUGCGGCAUUUACCGGACAACAUUAGCUUGUUGUUGCUGCUAAGUUAGCUAAUGCUAACCGUAGCCCAUAAGGUAGCGUGACUGUUACAUUCGCAGGACAGCGUCUAACUUGGAGGAAGGAAGGAAGGAAAUUGAUAAGUUGGAUCACUGCGCACCGCUGCUUAUGUAAAGCUCGUACACAUUUAGGGCUCUUGAAUCAACACUGUGACGCACUUAGGAAAGGUGACUAUAUCUAUACACCCUGUGCGACAUUUUACACUAUUUAGUUAAUGAGAUAUGCUGUUAGUUGGCAUAGCUAGCUGUCAACAACUGUGCUUUUGGCUAGCAUCACAUCAGACUAGAGCUAGCAACCUAGCCGCAAACUUCUAAAGAAGUUGUGUUAGUCAGAUGCAGCCAUCUGACUGAUUUAGGUUCAGCGGCGAACCAGAGGUUUAAUAGUUUUCUUUUAGGACUGCCACUCUGGUUUGCUCUAGCACCAGGGCGAAAGGAGAAACUCAUGGCAUCGGAUGUAAUUGAGAGUGAAGCGGUGCUGAAGGGUGUAACGCAAAGUGAUACGAGUGUGAACAAUAGCAGCCCAGAUUUUGUCACACCCAGUAGGACUGGUGAGGAUCUGGUAAACAGACAAACUUCAAGUCCUUCUUCUUCUGGAGUGUCAGGAGAAGGUGAUGAGGAGGAAUUAGAGGAAUUACAAAGUAGCACCGUCUCCACUUUUGAAAAUGGCGAAGAGGCACUUCAGGAGAGUUUAACCCAAACAAGAGGAACACCACAGGAAAGGACAACUCCAGACAAUGAGCAGAAAACGUCAGGGGGCAGAAGCUCUACCCCGGUUAGCCUUCCUCGUCCACAGUCCAACUCUGGGCCUGUUGGAAGCCUGGAGCGCCAAGAGUCAGUCGCCACAACAGAAGCCCGUCUAAGGAUGGAGGGAGUUGAGCUUAAGGAGGAGUGGCAGGAUGAGGACUUUCCACGGCCUCUACCAGAGGAAGAGGAGCUGGAAGAUGAGCUUUUUGCUGGAACCUCUGGAGAGGGGGACCAUGGUUUGGCAUCUACCCUAGGUUAUGCAGUGAACCAUGGCAAGAAGACGAAAAAGAAGCUGGCGGCUCCAGACAUCAGUCUUACACUCGAUCGCAGCGAAGGUUCUCUUCUUUCUGAUGAGCUGGAUGAAAGUACAGAGCUGGACCUCGAUGACAUAGACACACCUUCAGAAAACAGCAAUGAAUUUGAGUGGGAAGAUGAUCUACCUAAACCAAAAACAACAGAACUACUACAGAAGGGUGUGGAGUCUGUCCAGGAAUUCUCUGCCCUGGAGGAGAGGGAGGAGGGGAGGCGCUGGAGGGUCUUUCGUAUCGGAGACCAGGAGCACAGAGUGGAUAUGAAGGCUAUUGAACCUUACAAGAGAGUUAUCAGCCACGGAGGUUAUUAUGGAGACGGUUUGAAUGCUAUAAUUGUGUUUGCUGUGUGCUUUAUGCCUGAGAGCAAUCAACCAAAUUACAGAUACAUCAUGGACAAUUUAUUCAAGUAUGUCAUUGGCACACUGGAGCUUCUGGUUGCUGAAAACUACAUGAUUGUGUAUUUAAAUGGGGCCACGUCUCGGAAAAAGAUGCCGACGGUUGGUUGGCUCAGAAAGUGUUAUCAGCAGAUCGAUAGGAGGUUAAGGAAGAACUUGAAGUCUUUGAUAAUCGUCCAUCCCUCGUGGUUUAUUCGCACCCUGCUGGCACUCACAAAACCUUUCAUAAGCUCCAAAUUUAGUCAGAAAAUCAAGUAUGUGUACAGUUUGACGGACCUUGCCGAACUGGUUCCAAUGGAGUAUGUGUCCAUACCAGACUGCAUCAAACAGUUUGACGACGAAAAAAAUAAGAAAAGUCGUAAAAGGUAUAUACACUUUGCCCUAGGAAUUGACCAGGACAUGCAUGGCAAAGUGGAGAUGGCAGCUCCUGCUGUUCCAGAGUGACCCUCCUUGCACUGCAAAAUCUGGACGACGACAGAGACUGUUUUGUUUUUGGGCAACAUGACUGGAGACUUGGCUCUUUGCAUCAGAACAGUGCCUUUUUGAGACUAUGCUGCCUGUUACAUUGUGGAAUUCUGUUUUGUAUACCUGUGUCAAACUGCUUGAUCUUCACUGUGUUUCCACAUGCUGUCUGAAAGAUUUUUAAUCCUUUUUAUUUACCGUCGCUAUAUCAUGUCAAACUUAUCUUAUCGGUGUUUUCCAGUUACUGUUAUAUCUACACUUUUCUUCGAGGCACUCUGUUACAAAUGGUGGAUGCAUGUUCUGCUUUAUUACAUUUAAAUAUAUAUUUAUAUUCAAAAGGUGACAAAGGAGAAAAAUUAAUAUAUUUUUAUGGCUGCUUUGAUUUUAAACUACAAUUAAGGUCUCAGACCCACUGAGUGGCAUUUCAUAGUACAGGUUUUGACUGCACCUUUUUCACUGGUCACUGCUGAAGUUGUCUGUUAGAAUCCUGCCUGGGAAAAAUAAAGUUUUAUUUUUUUCCCCUCACUUGAA